AUGUCUGCGCGCGCCAAGCACUCGCCGUCAUUUAAAAAACUCACCCAACUGCCACAGACGUCGCUGCCUCCGCUGCCGGCGCAGGACGAGGACUGGCUCGCCGUGUCGACCAUCCGGAGCGACGCACAGCAACCCGCGGCCAAUUUAGCAGUCGGUGCUCAGAGCAAAAGCAGACCCGAGUCACCAAACGCCGACUCUGCAAGCACCGCCGCCAAAGCACCCCAGCCAGACGCUGAAAAUGCACUCAGUUCUCAGACAAGCCCCCAGGAAUGUUUGGGCGGUGCCGGAUCGGACAACAACACCGCUGCCAUUGGCAUCGCUGGCUCAGGAGCGUUCGCGAAACUUGCUGUGGUUGACGUCACUGUCGCAGCCGGUGUGAAGGAUGCACUCCGCGUUGUCAUUGCCCUGCCAGCCAACGAUGCUGCCUGCAGCACUUUUGUCAAAUUGCAGAGCCAGCGCGAGGUACUGCUGGAAUCGCCGACGCUGGUCGUGCCGUCGCCGGCUUUGCCAGCGCCCAAAACGGGCAUUUCGCCCCUUAAGCUGUAUGGUCGCUUUCUCGGAAAGUCGCCCUCGCCUCCUCCUCCACCACCAGGGCCCGGCCAAUCGCAAUUGAGCACGUCGACAGCUGCGACGACAACGGCAGCACUCCGGGACGACACGUUCGUUCUGCUGGAGGCGACCAUUCCUUGUAGCGUUCUCGCGACGGUCGACACCAACCUGGGCGCGAUUACACACCUCACCGACGCCAACCUUCCGCUGCCCACCCCACCGAGCCUCCUUGGCAAGUUGACGGGCUGGGCCUCCUAUGCGAGCUAUUGCAAUGACCUCAAGGUGUACUUCAAAGCGUACUGGGAAAAGUCCAAAUUCCAUCGCCAGGAGCUUCGCGACGUGCUCUUGAAGUGUGCCACCGUGCACAACCUCUACUUGGACGACGACAGCGUCACCGACGUUGUGGAGCCGUUUGGCGAGUUUAACUUUCGCGCUCUGCAGAAGAAGGUCGACGACGCGCGGGCGACGCUGAACCUUGCCAAGGACAACCGCAACAAGGCACUGGCCAAAGACCGACACGAGCGGUCUUUGGCGAAAGCGGAGCUGCGUCGCAAGCGGAUUGCGGCCGGGUCGGCGGAUCAAGCAGCAAGCAGCAGCAGCAGCAGCCAGUACUACAUCAGCAGCAGCCGCCACCCCGGUCGAACCCUCCGAGCCUUCCGAGCCUGCUGUGACACCAGCGUGGGCCCACUCUCUUCCAGAGAAUGUUUAAAGCUGCCUGCCGAGCUUUGCAACAACUUGGACGAUGCUCUCAUUGCCGCGGGCGCCGAGCUUGCCGCCGCAGAAAGCGCGCAGUUCCGCUACAGCAUCGAGGCCGUCGAGCAGGAGCUGGAACUUGCCGUAAAGGAAGCGCAACAGGCUGCUUCAGCGAAGGUCGAUGCAACUCAAGCGGUGGCUGCCGACCUCGUCCACGACGAGGUGUUUGUCGAAUUUCUGCAAGACACGUUUCACGAAGUGAGCAAGCUGGCUGACAAUCUCAAGAAGGACGUCCUCCGCGCAAUCUCUUCACACCAGCUCAUCGAGCCAAUGCUGCUCACAACCGGCGGCAAGGCUCGGUAUCGGCAGGAGGUUGCAGAGCUGGCCAAGGUCAAAAAGCAUCUCGAGAACGUUCUGCAGCGCGUCCGCCAACACGUUCUCGAGGCACAAGUGGAUGUCAAUGCGCACUACCUGUCACGAACGGCAGCUGCCAUCAAGGCGGCCGAGGCAGCGUCGAGCUCCGCGUAUGAGUUGUUUGAUCUCAAGAAUCUGCAAGCGGCCUUUUUCAACCAGAAACAGGCACUCGAUAUUGAGCUGCUAGAGAAUGCGCUCAAGCAAGCGCAGGAGGCGCAGGUUGUGGCCAAACUUUACCACGAAGAGUGGCAAGCCCGCCAGCUGGCCUUCCCCAAGGACGUGCAGAUCGAGCAGCAAGUCAAGCUCCACGAGGCAGCCUAUGCGGAACAGAGCGCGGCUUUGGCUGAUUUGCGCCGAACCAUUGAGCAAAAGAAGCAAGCCAUCAAGCGCACCAUGAGCAGUCGCCGAGCUGAUGAGGUCAAGAUGAAACCACGCAUCGAAAUCCAACAAAGCAAGAUGAGCCCAGCGCCCAAGAACGAUCUGGCUCGGCGACCGAAGAAGCCCGAAACGAUGAAGGCAGAAGACGCCAAACGAGAUGAAUCAACCCAAAAGAAGAAGGUCGAGCGGAAAGCUUCAAGCCUCCCGAAAAAGCAACUCGCAACCCCGCCUGCGCCAAUUGCACCUGUGUCAUGUCAGGAAACUCGCGCUUCUCUAGCAGGAGCAGGCCCGGCCGCGGUCGUGGCGACCCAGGCGGCUGUGGCUGCGAGAUCGUCUCCUCCUCCUCCUCCUCCUCCGCCAGCAUCGAUGCCUGCAGCUCCCGCAGUAGCUGCUUCACACGUUUCGACGACUUCGCGGUCGAGCCUUUUGACCGAAAUCACAAAUGGGUUUGCCCUUCGGAAGGUUGAAACCAAACAGCAACCCGAGCCCAAACCCCAACCGGCAGCCAGCGUCGGUGCUGGUGGCUUGCUGAACGCGAUUGUUGACAAUCCAAAGUUCAAGUCGCUCAAGAAGCAAACGGAGAAUGCCGAUGCGGACCACGAGCAAGACUUUUAG